AUGUCGGACUCAUCCGAUUUAUCAGAUGACGGAUCCAAAGGAUACGAAUGUGAAGUUUGCCAUAAAACUUAUAAACAUAUGUCUUCUCUUAGAAAACAUCACCUUAUUCACGCUAAAGGAAAAACGUACUGUUGUGAAUUUUGUGGAACUAACUUUAUACGGAAAAGCAGUUUAAAUAAUCACGUUUUAUCAAUUCACAGAACCGAGAAACCUUUUACCUGCCGUCAUUGCUACAAAGGAUUUUCUGAAAAAAAUAGUUAUUUGGAUCAUUAUCGUAUCCACACAUCCGAGAAACUAUUUACAUGCGAAGUAUGUGGUGAGAAAUUCAUUCAGAGAAGCCAGCUAAGUUCACAUUCCAUAGUUCAUAGUAAUAAUCCAAAGAUGUUUGAAUGUGAAAUCUGCAAGAUGAAUUUCACAAAGAAGCAGAACUUAACUCGGCAUUAUCGUACUCAUACAGGAGAAAGGCCAUUCAAAUGUGAAUCCUGUCCCAAAGCAUUCCAUAGUAAGAGUAAUCUGCAAGAUCAUAUUCUUAUUCAUUUGAAUAAGAAACAAUUUGUGUGUGGGAUCUGUAAGAAAGGAUUUAAUCGUAAUAGUAAUUUGAAUCAACACUAUCUGUCUCAUCAAAAUAUAAAAAAAUAUGCAUGUGAUAUCUGUGAUAAAAGUUUCAGCCAAAAGAGUAAUUUGAAUUCACAUCGUGUAAUACAUAGUUCUGAGAAAUCUUAUAUUUGUGAGGUUUGUGGUACUGGUUUUAAGACUAGAAGAUUAUUAAAUAGGCAUUGUAUGAAACAUACUCUAGAGAAACCUCAUACCUGUGAAGUCUGCAAUAAGAGUUUUGCUCGUAAAGAUAGCUUAAAUUCUCAUCUUCAUUCUCAUGAUGUGAUUGUAAUAAGUGAUUAA